CAGAGGAGACUUGAUCUGAGUUCUAAUGGGAUGGCUCUGGCUGCUGUGUGGAGAUAGGGGGCCAGGAGGCGGGUGGAAAGGGUAGAAGUGGGGAGACUUACAAGGGGGCUGUUGAGGUAAUCUAGGGGAGAAAUGACAGUGGCUUGGAGCCCAUUGGUGGCAGGAGAAAAAGAGAGAGGAGAACAGAUGUGGGAUACAUUCUUGGAGGUAGACCCAAGGGCAUUGGCCAGGGAAAUGGUGGGGUGGCGAGGGGUAGGAAAGGGUCAGGAGGGAUUAAGGAGGGCUCUGAGGUUUGAGGCCUGCUCCUUGUCCAGGCCCUGCAGGUAGGGAUGCCUUUUACUGAAUGAGAAAGGAAUGUGGUGGGAGGGGGGACAAAUUUCAGCAGAGGCCUGAGAGAAUGCCCCUUGACACAGUGACCCAUCCCUGGAGCUGGAGGUUAAAGAACAGGGUCCUCUGGGCACUGUGACUCAGAGCUGAGGCUCCACCAGCGCACGGCCGGGCCAGGCCUCGCAGAGGCCCACCUUGCUCCUCCUGUGCCUGCUGGACCUGCGACCGGGGUGACCUGGAAGCUGAACCCCCGUCCCACCCCGGGGACUUCGGUAGGAAAGCAUCCAAAGCUACCCCAGACAGCCCUGAUUUCAGCCACUGGCGAUCCAGCCCUGCACUAACAAUACCGCCGUCAUCACCACCAUCAGCAUCACUCUCAGCACCUCCGUUACUCCAUCAUCAUUACCAUUAUCUUAGCUACUGACCCCAUCAUCCCCCAGACACCGCUAUCUGCAUCCCUCAGGGACUUGGGGAUGCUUGCUGGAACGAGGACUUGAAUCAGAAACUCUGAGUGAAUCACCCAUAGACUAGGGAUCCUCAACGGUUUUGCUCCUGAAAGGGACAUUUGGCAAGGCCUGGAGGCAUUUGUGGUUGUCACAACUGGGGAACUGCUGCUGGCAUCUGGUGGGUAGAGGCCAGGGAUGCAGCUAAACAUCCUACAGUGCCCACAAAACAGAGCUUUUUGUUCCCAAAUGUCAGAAGUACUUGUCUGCAGAUCAUAUGGCCCUCACUCUACCCUCCUCUGGCUCUCACCCCAAAAUGCCCACAUCACACCUCUGGUUCCCGGACGAGGAGUGAUCUUUGCCGCUCUACCUUACGGAGACUUUGUUCUCUUAUCGCUGGCACCUCCUGGCCUCCAUGUUUGGACUGAAAAGUCAAUAAGAUGAAAAGUCCUUUGCAGCCACCGUCGCAAGAGAAAACAGAGAAAUAAUUGAUACGUGGAGCCCAGGGUGCGCCCAGGACGGAGGUCAUGCUUGCCGAGAGCAGGGAGACAGGGCCUGGGCUGGGUCCCGGGGGUAUAAAGGAGGAAGGAGUACUACUCGGGCCCUCACUGUGAGUGACGGCACAACUUCGCCGCUGCGGCCAGUUGGGAAUCAGCAUCAUGAAGUGGAUGGUGGUGGCUUUGGGCUGCCUCCAGCUCUUGGAGGCAACACUGAUCAGAGUCCCCCUGAAGAAAUUUAAGUCCGUCCGGGAGACCAUGAAGGAGAAGGGCCUGCUGGAGGAGUUCCUGAGGACCCACAAGUAUGACCCCGUCCAGAAGUACCGCUUUAGUGACUUCAGCGUGGUCUCUGAGCCCAUGGCCUACAUGGAUGCUUCCUACUUUGGUGAGAUCAGCAUCGGGACCCCACCACAGAACUUCCUGGUCCUUUUUGAUACUGGCUCCUCCAACCUGUGGGUGCCCUCUGUCUACUGCCAGAGCCAGGCCUGCACCAGCCACACACGCUUCAACCCUAGCCUGUCCUCCACCUACUCUACCAAUGGGCAGACCUUCUCCCUGCAGUACGGCAGUGGCAGCCUCACCGGCUUCUUUGGCUAUGACACUCUGAUGGUCCACGGCAUCAGGGUCCCCAAUCAGGAGUUUGGCCUGAGUGAAAAUGAGCCGGGUACCAAUUUCCUCUAUGCGACGUUCGAUGGCAUCAUGGGCAUGGCCUACCCUGCCCUGUCCAUGGAUGGGGCCACCACCGCCCUGCAGGGCAUGCUGCAGGAGGGUGCCCUCACCUGCCCAGUCUUCAGCUUCUACCUCAGCAGCCAGCAGAGCUCUCAAGACGGGGGAGCAAUUGUCUUUGGGGGUGUGGACAACAGCUUGUACACGGGGCAGAUCCACUGGACCCCCGUCACUCAGGACCUGUACUGGCAGAUUGGCAUCGAGGAGUUCCUCAUUGGCGAUCAGGCCUCUGGCUGGUGCUCCCAGGGCUGCCAAGCCAUUGUGGACACCGGCACGUCUCUGCUCACCGUGCCCCAGCAGUUCAUGAGUGCCCUUCUGCAGGCCACGGGAGCCCAGGAGGACCAGUACGGACAGUUUCUUGUGGACUGUAACAACACUCAGAGCCUGCCCACCUUCACCUUCAUCAUCAGUGGUGUGCAGUUCCCUUUGCCACCCUCCUCCUACAUCCUCAAUAAUGACGAAGGCUACUGCACCAUGGGGGUUGAGGUCACCUACCUGCCCUCCCAGAAUGGCCAGCCCCUGUGGAUCCUCGGGGACGUCUUCCUCAGAUCCUACUACUCCGUCUACGACAUGAGCAACAACAGGGUGGGCUUUGCCACUGCCGCCUAGACUCAGGGCCUGGAUGCCUGGGCUCCCUCCUCCCUCUCGGCCCCCUGCCCCAUGUGGGGCUUUCUCUCUGUGCUUCUGCUCUGCAUUCAGCCUUCCUUCUCUGGACUCUGGACUUUCUCUAACAAUAAAUAGUUCUUCUCCA